AGUUAUGUUGUAAACUACAUGGUCAAUAAGGGUCGCCACUAGUUUUCAGUGGGAAAAAGAGAAAUCAAAAAGGUCGUGCCCAUCAUGUCGUCGUCCCUUUAUUGGGAGCGCACCAUGUGUGUGUACGACCACAUCCAGCCGAUUCUGACUUCUGACAACCGCGUCAACUUGGACAAGGCGCUGGACCAGUUUGCGGCGUCCAACGACCAUAUGCUGGUAAAGGAAGCAGCAUUGGCGUUGGGACAUGGCAGUGGGUAUUAACGAGUUACAGUUGACCAACGUGUGACGUCAGCUUGAUGUGCACAACUAGGUUCUUUCAGUUUGGAGCAAAUGACAAUUCUGUAUCUGUUAUGUGUGAGUGUGGAGGCGAGUUAAAUUUGGAACAACGAUUGAAUCACAGGCACAAAACGUACGUGGACAUCGACACUUUUCUGGCCUGUCUCCAAAAACGUGUGUCCGCGUACGGCGGACGGUGGGGCGAAGCCGCGACAUCGAAACUGUUCUGUGGUUUGGACGAACAGACGGAACAUCAAGCUGCAACGGGCGCCGGGGGGAGCAACAGCAACAGCAACGGUACUUCUGCAUCAGGCGCGACAUCAUCAAAGCCAGACACAGGCGUCGGUGUGGUAGAAACUGGAGCUGAAAAAAAUCAACGAAAUACUACUUUUCCUAAUCCCUCGAACAACCAAAACUCCAACCGGCGGAACAUCCAGCCGUACCCACUGGGGUCCAGUCCACGGCGGAGGGGAAUAAACCUUCGGAAUGUACAAAACGCGCAGCAGACGAGGGUAACCACAUCAAGCAACGGUCUGUAUUCCGCCUCCCCCACGCCUAGGGACGACGAGUUGUUUUACGGACACGCGCGCAGCUCGUGGCAGAACGGGGGCGGGCUGGAGUUGACCUACAGCUGGAAUAAAAACGUGAAGAAUAAUUACAACAAUAGCGGCCAAGAUCAUUUUGUUCUAGGACAUCAAAACCAAAAGCCAACACAGACCGGGGCAACGCCGUCGAGCAGCUCCACGGCGGGAACAAGAAGUCGAGGGCAUCAGCAUGGUAAUGUAAACAAGAACUACACGACCCACGGUGCCAACAAAUCCAAUCUGCGGAAAAAUCAGGCGAUUUUCGCGACCACGACUCCGAGUGACGCGAAGAGGACGCAGGAUGUUGAACCUCAGCAGGUGGGUAGAAGCAGGAGUGGCACGACAGGCACAACUUCUGGUAACAAGAGUAACUUUAACCCGCCGCCUCCGCAAUUGAACGGCAGCAAAAAGUCGACGCGGUCUUCUUCCAUGGGGCGGCGGGGGAAUUCCAAGCUGUCCACAGAUGAGCCGAUUGACUACACCACGACGGAUUUAGAAGUGUCUUCAGUUCCAGAAGUGGAACAACCAGAAAUCAUGAGGCCGCACACGACCAGCACGACUACAACCUCCAGGCCUCCAAACGCCGGCGUGCCGAUCGUUCUGACGAACCCAGGGCCAGCACGUAGUAGUACUGCUACUGUGUUGACCACGACGACGCCAGGAUUACAUGGGCCGCAAGGCGGAACAGUUUCUUCAUCUACCCAGGAGGGCGUAGUGGGCCACAACAACACGACUCUAUUCCCAGCCCCUGCCCCAUCGAACGAGAAGUACGCUGUAUCUGCGCGGGCGAGAUACAUCUCCGAGUUUUGCGAGGUCAUGCUGAACAACAACAGUAUUCCGACCGGCUCCCCCGGCGCGACCUUCAGUCCCUUCCAGCCGUUUCCGGUAGUUCUCGGCGCGGCGAGUGGCGCGCGCCAGGAAGACGAUGCGGAGUACCAAAGCCCCGGUCGUUCUUUGCAGCUGCUGACAAAAGCUCAAAAAAAUAAAGCGGGAACUACAGUGUCGAAAAACUCUUCGAAAGCAUCGAAAGUUUCCUCUUUGUCUGGUUCGGGAAGCAGCAAGCUUUCUGCUGAUGCUCUGUCUGCGUCGCAGCCGGCGAACUUCACAACUGGCGGGCGGCAACAUCGGCAGAACACCAGACAAGGCAGGAAAACGGUAGAACACUACCAGACUGCAGUGAACGGCGGUGAGUCAAACGUGAAGAAUGAUGAUUAUCCAGGGCGAGGGACGAGCUCCUUGUCUUCCGCACAGGCAAAAAGCAUCCCAGCACAGAGCAAACCUGCAACGAUCGCGAGCGGCAGCAAUAAUACCUCGCGAAACCUGUUUUCGAAGAACCGUAUCUCAACCGCGUCGAGCAGCGCCCAGCAUCCGCAAGGAAACAAUCGCACACGCCCGCAGACCGCCGGUGGUCAAGCUGGUCAACACCCGCAGCGCGGAAGUAGACCGCAACAGCUUCCGCACCCAAAUACACUUCAUGGCCAGCAUCAGUACUACCCUCAGCGGCAGCGCCCUAGAGCCGGCGCACCUACUCGACCCGCCUCGCCUCCCGCGGACGAGUUUGCGGAAAGUUUUUUCAGCGAUUAUCAUGAGUUGCGAGAAGUGGCGCUCGAGAGGCGAAAACGGGAACACGAGAUUGUGUCCUCGAAGUUCUCCCACUUGCACAGCGGUCAACCGCGCCGGAGUCGGAGCACGGAGCAAGGCAGAAGUGGGAAAAGGAUGGUGAACCAAAAGGGCAGGCCCGACUUGUAUUAUGGGAUCUUUCCCUCGCCAUCUCCAGAGAGCAAGCGACGGGAUCGGGCGAGGUAUCUUUGGUUUGCUUUAGCUAGUUGUGAGUUGCAGGUUGGUAUAUUCGCGUCCGACGUGUUGGUUCACAAUGCAAAUGUGCCGUGAUGAACCUACUUCGUGCAUCUUUUUACGUUCUAUCAGGCACAACGACGCAGCAGGAGCACCAGGAAGAUUCUAUCCCCCCGCGCCACCCGGUCAGCAAUUCGUGCCGGCGCCGCGGACCACUGGAGGAGCUGUUGAUCCGUACCACGCAAGAACGCCCGAUCAACGUGCUGUGCCACCCGAAAUCGCCCACGACCCGCAGCUAUCAACUGUAAAAAUGUCUGGGUCUGGAAGAGUGCAUGUUUGUCAUGCUUGUCUGGCAUGACUCUCAAAUCUGUCAUGCACGUUACCCAAGAGCGCCACUUUUCUGUCAUGCAGAAACGCAGUCUGUCAUGCCGAAUGGGCAACACCUAGAGGCUCAGAAUCUUGUCAUGCUGAGCCAGCACUUGUGGCCUCCUCAUGAUACGCCACCCAGCAUCACAAGUUUCCAGACCCAGACACUUUUGCAUUUGAUAGCAGCUUCUCGAGGAGUUCUAUGAGUUUCUGUCGCAAAAUAUCACACAGAAAAAGGCAGGCAGGUUUGUCAUGCAAAAAUCAAUACGCAAAAAAAGUUGUGUUGCGCAUCCUAAACAGCAUGCUAUGGGGCCGCCCAUGACAGAUCUUUCUGGGUAUUUAUUUUUGCAUUGCAAAUAUGCUUUUUUCUCUGGGAUACAAAAGAACCAGAACAACCCGAAGCAGCAGGCUGUCCGGGUGAAAACCCCGUCGUACCGCAUCGACACGCCGCCGCAAGACUGGUACUAUGGAUACGAUGAAAGGCACGACCUGUCGCCCACCUCCAGGGGGGAAAAUGAAAAUCAUCUGCACGGAUAUUACGACGAGGCGCACGAAGCCAGCGGCGAACAAAUGGACAAGCUUUUCUGCAGUAGUGUCGGUGCGGCGAACAAGGGGACAAGUUCUUCUCAAAAACCAGCGAGCAGUCAAAUACAAACCCAAGUCCCUUUGUCCCCUCGCGGCCGGAGCCGGGGGGCCUACGGGCAAGCGCAGGUCAACAAAAACCACCGCGCGGCUGCAUCUGGACAACUACAUCAGAAGUUCUUCUUCCAGGGGGACAAAGACGAUUAUGAAUACCCUGUUCGUCGUCGUUCAGCUUCAGGCGAGGACAAGAAAGUCGAAGCUUCUCCAGACACGGAGGAAGACAGCGAGCGCCUCGGAUACAGCUUCGUGCCGGGCGGCGCGCGCCGACCCCUGUCGAAAAGACCCCUGGAGCCGUCGCCGGAGGUGCUGCAGGGGUCGCCGGAGGUCAAGGUCAUGAUGGCCGCCGCAACUACGAGGAAUGGAAAUCCAACUCCACCACAAACAAAAAAUAUUAUGAAAUCGUUGCAUGCGGUCACUGAGGAGAGCGGGCACCAGCAGCAGAACGAGAGUUGUGAUCAGCCUUCAUUUAUCCCCGGCCAUCUUGCAGGAGGUUCAGGACCACCCGCCAGCCACUGCGCCAACGCCGGCGCCGGAGAGAUUUUGGAGGCGGAAUUUCAGAUGAGCGGGCAGCAGCUGCAAGUAGGGGGCGGAAGGAACAACAUCAAAGUGAGCGGCGAACAAUUACUGUAUCAGAAAUAUAGCCCGGAAGAUGCCGUAGAGGAUGUUGUAGCGCAAGCGGAGCAGCUACUGGACAGCAGCCAGAUCGAGCUGAAUCACAAACCAGUAGAACAUCAACCGGAAAGAACAGAAGAAAUAAACGCAGGAUCAACAUCUUCAGCGAACCCCUUGUUGGAUGAUAGCGACGUGAUCUUCCCCACGAUAAGCGGCGUUCCGUUCGUUGCGGAGCACCAGCCGUCCUCGUACGAAGUGCGAGACACGCUGCCGCCGUUCGCCUUCGGCUACCACGAAAGAGUAGAGUCGACGGAACGGACGGGCACGGGUGCGGGUUCAUCUUCUGCUGAUCAUAACGGCGUCGGUGCGGGAACAGCUGAUGAGGGAAAUUAUGUGAACAAUGACUACCAAGCGCAGAAGGGAAGAUCAUCAACACCUCACUCCGGUCCCAGCUCCUCGUCAAGUAGGAAGAAUGGCGAAAACAUAAACGGCACGACUUACCAGGGACGGGCUGAAGGAGGACAAAUUAAAGACUCCUCGCCGACGCAACUUCCAGCGCAACAGCAGUCGCCACAAGGGCUGCUGCUGGGACAACGGAACCGGAACUACUUGAGCGGGCUGAGCUUGCAGAAGGGAAACAUGAACUCGGACACGAAUAUUCUGUCGAUCCUGCCCUCGAAACAGUCCGCAAAGUCGAGUGGCACAAGGACUCCCGCCGGAAGUCCGCAGGUCGUGUGGUUUGUAGUUUGUAGAGAUGAAGAAUGUAAUACGGGUUUCGGAUUUAGGAUCAUUAGGGAUCUUUCGUUCAUGGCAGCAAAACAAAGUUGUUGAUGUGCAGCUUGGCGGCUGUGAUCUACUUUCGGGUUAACUAUGAUUAGACAGUCUUCAUCCUCAAAUCUCGACUCAUUUAAACACAGGCGCCGAAUUCGUGUUUUGUGAAUAACAAACCUCCUUCCUCCACGACUGCGACCGUGCAACGGCAGUUCACACACGCGCGCAUGGUGGCGCUGAGCAAGGAAAACGCGGACUCGGUGGAGAUAGUACCUCCGCCGGCACCCACGGGGGUAUUGCGGGGGCGGCCAAGGUAUCAAAUGUAAAAAUGUCUGGGUCUGGAAGAAUGCAACUUGUCAUGCUAAAUCUGAAGCAUGCAAAAAUCUGUGUUGCAUGCUUACCAAAAGCUGUCUACUUUUGACCUAAUCGAGAGGCCGUUUCUCAUGCAGGAUAGGCAUUAGAAAGUUCUCGCAGAAUCUGUCAUGCUAGCUCCGGCAUUCCAGACCUCAUGGGUCACGGAAAAGCAGCAUGACAAAUCGCGCAUUCUUCCAGAUCCAGACAUUUUUACACUUGAUACAAGGUCCAAGACUGCGUCGAGUUUUGGUGCGGACUCGAAAGGGACAACGGACGGCAGUCCGGAGCGGCAGGGAAGAGGUAUUGGGGGAAGAUAUAUGACUUUUAUACCCAAGUACCACAAGUGCAAAGGGGAAGAUCCUCGGAACAAAUGUCGGGUUUUUUUGCUCUUGCUCGAUCUGAUUUAAUAUUUGUUUCAUCUGCGAGAUCAAGAAAGAAAAAAAAUCACGCACAGAUCCGGGGGAGGCAAGCGGUCUGGCGCUGCAGUACUCGACGGAGUUAAACUUCCGAAAUCUGCUUCGGGGCGGGGUAGAGCAAAAUCCGGACAACAGCGGCUUUCUCUCCGCCCGCUCACGCCCAAGGCCUUCGAGACAACUGUCUCCACCGAUGUUUUCAAGCCCAAGGCCGGAUAGGGAAACCAGGAGGCGGCAAAGUACCAACUUUUUUGGCAUGUUGAAUUGGUUUUGAUUGCUGUAUCGAUAGUAGUGUUAAUAUUCGUUUUUUUGGUCAUCUGGUAGUAGCUAACUUUUUCCAAACGAACUACACUUACCAGAGUACAAGCACAAGUUUUCGCGGUCCCUUGGUUGGCAAGAAGCGCUGCGGACUGCGGACCCGGAAUUCCGGAAGCCUUUUCGCACGGACAUGAAUCCCUCGUCGCGCUGGACGGAGUUCGGCUCUUCGCAAAUGCUGUCGCGAUCGGUUCAGGAUCGAAGCCAGUGAGGCGGGGGGAACUGGAGUAGAAAAUACGUUUGUCGUAUUCAAAAUUAGUGAAAAAAUCUCGUCCUGAAGAACUGCUGCUAAUCCCAUAGUACCCAACGAAGAAAGUAUUGCCCAUUAACAUAUUCAUCGCCUACGGCACUUCUGACAGACUGAGCUGUCGGUUCGAUUGUGAAGUUUUAAGUCAACGAUACAGGAUCGCUCGCUCGCCUUCUUCUUUCGGACUUGUGAUGGUAAUACACUCUCAGAAAGAAACCAAGAUAAGUGCUUCUGCGUACUGGUGCUUUCAAUACCGCAACGGAAAUGGGAGCCUUUCAAAGAUGAAUGCACCGCCGCGUGGUCCACCUGCAGCCGUUCAAUACGAUAGGACAUGUUUUUGCAGCAAAUUUGUGACUCGUGGA